GCCUUGGGCUGUUACAUGGAUGUCAACACUGAAACUUUCACAUUCAUAUCUUGAAUGACGACAUUCCAAACAUGCAGUAAGUUACCAACCAGUUAUCCAACAACUGGCCAAUAGGGCUUUAUUUCCUGUUUCCCAGCCCUACAUGCAGUGUUUUUUCACACAGCUGCAUGAUUUAAGUUACUCCCACAGAAGUCAUGCACAGGAAAACCAAGAGCAUUUGCUACUUCUCGUCAAGAAUAAUAGAUAGGCAGUUAGUGUGCUCUGAGGCUUUCAGGAGACAAGUUUAACUAGGCACACUAAAUUAUGCUGUUGUUGACAGAGGAAUCAAUAAGGACUUAAAGCUGAGGACUUACGCUGAUUUGAACUUGAUUUACUAUACUGUACAUGACAAACUAAUGAUCAUGUCAAUCCCAGAGGAGGAUCUUACAUGUCCAAUAUGCUGUGACAUCUUUACGGACCCUGUUUUGCUUACAUGUAGCCACAGCUUCUGCAGGAGCUGUCUGAAGCGCUGUUGGGACACAGGGUUACGGGAGUGUCCAGUCUGCAGGAAAAGAGCCUCCAAGUCCAGUGCUCCCUCCAAUUUGGCUCUGAAAAAUGUCUGUGAAGCUCUUUUGCAGGUCAGGAGACAGAGUUCAGUGCUGGAGGAUGAGAAGAUGAACUGUAAUCUGCACAGAGAGAGGUUAAAACUCUUCUGUCUGGUUGACAAACAGCCAAUCUGUGUGGUGUGUCAAUCUUCGAAACUGCACAAGACUCACGACUGCUCACCUAUAGGAGAGGCAGUAUUGGACUGCAAGGAUGAACUUGCUUUAUCCCUCAAGAGCUUGCAAGACAAACUGGACAGCCUCAAAAGAAUUCACCUAACCUCUGUGGACAUGUUCAAGUACAUCAAGAGUCAGGCGCUGGAAACACAGAGAUCAAUCAAGAGCCAGUUCAAGCAGCUCCAUGAAGUCCUCUACCAAGAAGAGUCAGCCAGAAUAGCAGCUGUGGAAAAAGAAGUAGACCAGAAGAUUGCAGGAAUGAAGGAUAUGAUUAAGGACCUUUCAGCAGAAGCGUUGUCCCUCUCAGAGACCAUCAUAGUCAUACAGGAGCAGCUGAAAGAAGAUGAUGUGGUCUUGUUGAAGAAUUUCAAAGCCACUCAGGACAGAGGGAAAAGCGUAGCACUUGGUCCAGACAACAUGUCUGGGUUACUGAUUGAUGUGACCAAGCAUCUCUGCAACCUCAAGUAUAGAGUCUGGGAGAAAAUGCUGGACCAUAUUGACUAUACUCCUGUGACUUUGGAUCCAAACACAGCACACCCCUGCCUCAUCCUGUCUGACCACUUCACUUCCCUCCACUAUUCAAAGCAGCCCAGCUGUUGCCCUGACAACCCAGAGCGCUUCCACAUCAGCGCUGAAGUGGUAGGCAUGACCGCGCUGGGAUCAGGAAGUCACCACUGGGUCGUGGAAACAGGAAGUAAUGAGGAUUGGCUCUUAGGCGUGGCCUCUUUGUCUGUACCAAGGGACGCUGAGAUCUCCGCUCGGCCUGAGAAUGGCUUCUGGACUUUGUGUUUCCGGGACGGAGAGUUUAGGGCAAUGACCUCGCCACCCACCCCACUGACAGUUACAAAAACGCCCAAACAAGUCAAAGUGCAACUGGAUUACAACAAAGGGACAGUGUCUUUUUUUGACCCUGCUGAUGACACACUCAUUUAUGCAUUUACACACACAUUCAAAGAAACUUUACUUCCAUAUUUUUAUACACAGAGCAGUCAUCCAUUGAGAAUAUUGCCAGAGAAGGUCACAAUGUUGCAUCAAUAAGUGGAUGAAUGAUUUAUUAAUUAUGUAAGAAAAAAGGAUCCCAGUCCUAUUUUUUCAAUGCCAAAAAAUUGGCAUUGGUGGAUGGAUUGACCAGUUAUAAUGUUAAUUUCUCCCACAGAGGGCAUGCAAAGUAUUCUUCAUCCAAGUCAUUUUGCAGCUUCAAAAACAUGAUGCCACAUUUGUUUUUUCAUUACUUCUUCCUUUACGGAAUAGUCUGACAUUUUGGGAAAUACACUUAGUUACAUGAGUUAGUUAAGAAAAUUGGUAGCGCUCACAUGUCUGUACGAUUAACAUGAAGCUACUGCCAGGAGUUAGCUUAGCUAGCCUGGCUCUGUCCAAAGGUAAUUAACAUGUUAUACCUUGUUUGAUUAAGUACAAAAACGGAAGUGUGAAACCUUUAGACAGAGCCAGGCUAGCAGUUUCCCCUUUUUUCCAGUCUUUGUUCUAAGCUAAGCUAACUGGCUGCUGGCUCCAACUACAUAUUUACCAGACAGACGUUAGAGUGGCAUCAAUCUUCUCAUCAAGGGUCAAAGGGUAGAGAUUGUGAAGGCAGAUGUGAUUUGUGAUUUUGGUCUAUAUAAAAUUGACUUUAUAUCAAACUUGGCCAGAAAACAAAUAAGAGUAUUUCCCAAAAAUAUAGAACUAUUCCUUUAACAGCAAUGUUCACACCCCUGACUAAACCGUUAAUGGUAACUAAACUAUUAAAUAUUCGGUGUAGUAUAAGUGGCCAGUGAGGCUCUUCCAAUAAUUAUUUCUGUCAUACAUCCUAAAAUGCUGCAUUAUGGAAUUUCCUUACUUUCAAACCCAGCUGUUAAAUUGGCAUAAAAUUCAGGGGUUCCUAAAUUGCUAACAAGUGGCUAAAUAUACAUUGCUCUCUCUGGUGGAAAAGGGGAGAGCACAUUUGCAUUUGAUGAAAAUGUUUAAAUAAAUAUCAAGAAGUUAUAGGUUAAUACACAACUGAGUUUUGGUGUGACAAGCACUUUAAUAAUUUUUUAUUCUUUUUAAUUGCCUGUGACUUACAUUCAAAUGAAUGAUACUGCUGUGCAGGUGUUCUAUGAUUAUUCUAUUGAUGAUAACUAUAUUAGCUUGGCGUGGGAUGGGGGAGAUGUUUCUAAUCCAUUCAGCACCAUGUACUUUAAGAAAUACACAUCACACAUACCACACACACACACACACACACACACACACACACACACACACACACACACACACACACACACACACAUUCAUCAGUGUGUGAAUUUGAGUAGUUAAAGAGAAGUAACAAGUACUCUGCAGCAAAAGGAUUAGACUGUAUGGUGCAGUUUAUUGGUCUCUUUUGUACACAUGAUGGCGCCAAAGUCAAACAAAUAUUUCGAAGGAUUUCAGUUUAGAACAAUACAUUACAAUAGAGAUUACUUUGAACACAUAAACCUUAUGGUGUUUGUAGAAAUUAAUCUUCCAGAACAUGAUCAGUAUAUGAAAACAUGAAAUUAAAAUGUUGAUUUUCCA